AUGGAUUCAACCGGCAGAGCGACACGGCCUACUUGGAAAAAACUUCUUGCUAAUCAUGCUCCGUUGUUGUUGCCAGCUGCUCAUGAUGCAUUAACAGCAAGAAUUUUGGAGCGAGCUGGUUUCAAAGCCUAUCAGAUCGGUGGUUUUGCUUUAAAUGGUGCACGACAUGCUUAUCCAGAUCUUGAUCUAACGCAUUUUGGAGAAGAACGUCAUGGAUUUUAUGACAUCAUUGCAGCUUCAUCAUUACCCGUAAUGAUUGAUGCUGAUGAUGGCUACGGUGAUGUGAAAAAUGUUACAAGAACAAUUAGGGGAUAUGAAGCUCUCGGUGCAUCAGCGUUAUUUUUUGAAGAUCAGCAAGCGCCAAAACGAUGUGGUCAUCUUGUAGGUAAACAUCUUGUACCUGUUGAAGUCAUGGAGUCAAAAAUUCGUGCAGCACUAUCAGCACGUUCUGAUUCUGAUUUCUUUAUUAUUGCUCGAACAGACGCCAUCGAAGCAUAUGGCGUUGAUGAAGCUCUGUAUCGUGGUGAACGAUACUUGAAAGCGGGUGCCGAUGGAUUGUUUAUCGAAGGUCCAAGGAGUGUAGAAGAAAUUGAACGUAUUGGACAAAAUUUUAAAGGUGCAUCGCUUUGUGUUAAUAUAUUUGAAGGAGGCGGUCGCACACCAUGGGUAUCACCAGAAGAACUACAUAGAAUGGGAUUUUCCAUGAUUCUUUAUCCCACAACAAUUUUAUUUAGUGUCACAUACGCCAUUGAACGAGCUGUUAUGGAUUUGAAAGCUGGUAAACAGUUGUCAUCGGAAAACAGUGUGAAUUUCAAGACAUAUGAAGACAUUGUUGGAUUACCUCAAUGGGAAGAAAUUGAGAAAAAAUUUCAUCAUGAAGAAUAA